AUGCACAUCGCCGUGGUCCCCGCAUCGUCCCAAACCGGCAAAGCGACCAUUCGAGUCCUCCUCAACGACCAGCAAGUCGCUCCGACAGUCCAAGGCGUGUAUCGCAAUCUGUCCAAGGUGCCGUCAGAAUUUACCUGCCAUACGAACUUUCGCUCCGUGCAGGGUAAUAUUGGAGACGUCACGACGCUUGACUUUUCCGGCAUCGAUGCCGUUUUUUUGACUCCCCCGCCUUGCUACGAUGGCUCGGAUAGUGUGGAAUUCACGCGGUCUGUAUGCAAUAAUGUCAAGGCUGCAAUUCAGAAAUCGGGAACGGUCAAACGAUUGGUGCUACUUUCGAGUGUUGGGGCCCAGCUCCCCUCAGGGACGGGAGAAAUCGUGACAAACCACACUGCAGAAACCAUCCUCCGAGACGCAGCACCGGAGGUUGUUUUCGUCAGGUGUGCCUAUUUCAUGGAAAAUUGGGCCACUGUGCUUGAAACGAUCAAGUCUGAGCAUCCGUUCUUCUUCUCCACUAUUACCCCGCUGGAUUACAAAGUGAAUAUGGUUGCCGUGAAAGACAUUGCUCAAUCUGUUGCCGCUCAGCUUCUCGCCACCUCGUCUCCACAGACUCUCCCGGAAUCCCCGUAUAUCUACGAGCUCUACGGGCCCAGACUGUAUACCCCGCGCGAUGUCCAGGCGGCAUUCCAGCAAGCAGCGGGUAAAGAUGUCGAAAUCAAGCCGGUCGAAAAGUCGGAGCUGAGGGAGUUUUUUGGGAAGGUUCUGCCUCCGUCGCUCGCUGAUGGAUUUACCGAGAUGACUGUCUCGUUUCUACCGGGGGGUGUGAUGACGCAGGAUGUCUUGGAUAAAUUUAAUCCUAUUGUGAAGCGUGGGAAGACGGAGUUGGUGGAGGUAAUUGGGGAGCUAUAUCGGGGUUGA